GAGAUCCCCGCCCCUCCAUGCACGUUAUAUAGUGCAACCUGGACACCAACAGGCCAAUAUCUGGCUAACCAUUCAAACCAUAAGGCUGUCUUUACAUCACUAUGAAAGGCGACAUGGAGAGCCUGCCCAAGAUGGACCCCUCCAACGACCACAGUCGGCCCCUGGACAUUGUGCCACAGAGCGAUGAGAAGAUGAAGGAGAGGGGUCAGUGGGGCAACAAGGUGGAGUUUGUCCUGUCUGUCGCCGGGGAGAUCAUAGGACUGGGAAAUGUGUGGCGCUUCCCUUACCUGUGCUACAAGAACGGAGGAGGUGCGUUCUUCAUCCCCUACCUGAUCUUCCUCUUCACGUGUGGGAUCCCAGUAUUCUUCCUGGAGACAGCUCUAGGACAGUACACCAGCGAGGGAGGUGUCACCUGUUGGAGGAAGAUCACUCCACUGUUUGAAGGAGUGGGCUACGCCACACAAGUCAUCGUGGCUCUGUUGAACUUCUAUUACAUCAUCGUCCUGGCCUGGGCCAUCUUCUACCUGUCCUACUCCUUCACCUGGGACCUGCCCUGGGCCUCCUGCAACAACACAUGGAACACAGAUUCUUGCAUGGAGUUCCAGAGGAGGAAUGACUCUUUCAAUCAGCCACGUCUGAACGCCACGUCUCCUGUCAUUGAGUUCUGGGAGCGGAGGGUUCUGCGUAUCUCCUCUGGCAUAGACAAUAUAGGAUCUCUCAACUGGGACCUGGUGCUGUGUCUGGCCAUAGCCUGGAUACUGGUUUACUUCUGUAUCUGGAAGGGAGUCAAAUCCACCGGCAAGGUGGUGUAUUUUACAGCUACCUUCCCCUACAUCAUGCUGUGUAUCCUGCUCAUCAGAGGGGUCACCCUACCGGGAGCCUUCAUAGGAAUCAAGUUCUACCUCUACCCAGACCUGGGCCGCCUGUCCGACCCACAGGUAUGGAUGGAUGCAGGGACUCAGAUCUUUUUCUCGUAUGCCAUCUGUCUGGGGUGUCUGACUGCCCUGGGGAGCUACAACAAGUACAACAACAACUGCUACAGAGAUUGCUUGUCGUUAUGCUUCCUGAACAGUGGGACCAGUUUCGUGGCUGGCUUUGCCAUCUUCUCCAUCCUGGGCUUCAUGUCUUAUGAGCAAAAUGUGCCCAUCUCAGAGGUGGCAGAAUCAGGUCCUGGUCUGGCCUUCAUAGCGUACCCCCGUGCUGUGUCUAUGAUGCCCUUCUCUCCUCUCUGGGCCUGUUUCUUCUUCAUCAUGAUCGUCUUUCUGGGGCUGGACAGCCAGUUUGUGUGUGUGGAGAGUCUAGUGACGGCCAUGGUGGACAUGUACCCUAAAACGUUUCGUCGUAAGAACCGCAGAGAGCUCUUCAUUCUGGCGGUGGCCAUCUUCUCCUUCCUCAUGGGUCUCAUCAUGCUGACCGAGGGAGGCAUGUACGUCUUCCAACUCUUUGACUACUAUGCUGCCAGUGGGAUGUGCCUGCUCUUUGUGGCUGUCUUUGAGACAGUUUGCAUUGCUUGGAUUUAUGGUGCUGACCGUUUCUAUGACAACAUUGAGGACAUGAUUGGCUACCGCCCUGGGCCUAUUAUCAAAUACUGCUGGAUGUACUUCACUCCUGCUACCUGCUUAGGUACUUUUGCCUUCUCCCUGAUCAAGUACACCCCUCUGAAGUACAACAAUGAGUAUGUGUACCCCUGGUGGGGCUACGGCCUGGGCUGGCUCCUGGCCCUGUCCUCCAUGCUCUGUGUCCCCCUCUGGGUGGUCAUCAAAAUGUGUUCUGUGGAAGGCACCCUGAAGGAGCGCUUUACAAUCCUGACCACGCCGUCCACUGACUUACCCAAAACCAAGAAGGAGCAAGAGAAGCUGCUGGCCAUCUUUGCUGCCGAUGGGGACAGCCUCCGUCAGAGACACCCUCCCACCAAGGAAGGCUACUUCCCCGUCAACGAGAAGGAGUCCAACUGCUAGAGCUGGGAACGUGGACCCAGGCCUUGUGAGGUCCCAUGUCCCUCCCCUCGACAUGGCAUCUGCCUUGGGCCCGUCCCAAACCUCUCCUCAACGAUACCUCAUAACUGCACAACUGCGGCCAAAUGAGCACAGAUGCAGAGACACUGGUGCUGCUGUGCCCUGGCUCUUUCUCUCCUGCAAGGUCUCUCAGAGACAAUAUAGACUACUGUUUCAGGUGCUGUUGUUAAAUUGUGUAUGUACUGAUGUUCACACACGCAAUGCUACUGGCUCUUCCAUCUACACUUCCAUCCACGGGACAGUUGCUCACCACUUCUGCCUCACACUGUUGCCUGAUCAACCAGGAACUCUAGCUGGGUUGUGCUGAUUUACUUCGCCAAUGACGAAGUUUAGCAGACAUUGAAAUGGUGUGAUUCAGUGAUUUGUUAUAUGUCCAUUGUGGUUGAGACUUGAGAAUGUUUGUCUGAUGAUCACAUCUGCUUUCUAAGGAUGUGUUUUUUGUUUUCCUUUUUUUCAUGGACAUCUCUGAUGUUCAGCUCGGCACAUGUUGUACGAAUACUACUUCAAGUUGUUUUUCAGUUAGUUUUAGCUUCUGGCGGAAUGGAAUGUUUCAUUCCAAACACAGUCGUAGAGUUUCAGUUGAAUACAGUCCAGUUACAUUGAGAUGUUUAAUUCAGGACUUAGCUGAAGGGACUGCCUCAUACAGCACAUCGUAACAAUGCUUUACAACAUAAUCCCUCCGUCUGUCCUCCCUCUACCAUGUUCUCAUGUAGGGUUGCUCCUGAUUUAUAUUCAGCUGUGAGAGACACUGUGAUUAGGUAUUAUUUUUGUGCAUUAUGUUGAACUUGCUACAGUCAUAUCAGUUGAUAUAGCAAAUACAUCAAUCUAAUCAAUAUGUUUGUUAAUUUACCCCGAGAUGCUAAACCUUAGCUGACAACAUUUUUAGAUGACAAAUAAAGGAAUCCGAUAACCGCAUGCCAACUA